CUCUCUCUCUCUCUCGCUCUCGCUCUCUCGCUCUGCGCAAAACCCUCUUUAUUCUCGUUAAGAAUUAAUGGAAGAAUCGCAAACUGGGAAAGGUUUUACGAGUAGUCGAUGAGCCUUCUACCUGAUUUUCAGGGCUGGUUCUGUCUGUAAAUUAGGUAAAGGAAAAAUGUGUGAAGUGGAUCAGUUGUUGUCAAAGAAGGUCGCCGAUCGCUACCUGAAGCGCGAAGUGCUCGGCGAAGGUACCUAUGGGGUCGUCUACAAGGCCAUCGACACCAAGACCGGACAGACAGUUGCAAUUAAGAAAAUCCGGCUUGGGAAGCAGAAGGAAGGGGUUAAUUUCACAGCUCUUAGAGAAAUUAAAUUGCUGAAGGAGUUAAAAGAUCCAAAUAUAAUUGAGCUGAUUGAUGCAUUCCCUCAUAAGGGGAAUUUGCAUCUUGUCUUUGAGUUCAUGGAGACAGAUCUAGAAGCUGUUAUUCGUGAUAGAAAUAUUUUACUCUCCCCGGCUGAUACAAAGUCAUACCUUCAAAUGACCUUGAAGGGACUUGCUUUUUGUCACAAGAAAUGGGUCUUGCAUAGGGAUAUGAAACCAAACAAUUUAUUGAUAGGAUCUCGUGGGCAGCUUAAACUUGCGGAUUUUGGUUUAGCUCGUAUAUUUGGGAGCCCAGAUCGUAGGUUCACUCACCAGGUAUUUGCUCGAUGGUAUAGGUCACCUGAGCUGCUGUUUGGUGCCAAGGCUUAUGGUCCUGCUGUAGAUAUUUGGGCUGCAGCAUGUAUAUUUGCUGAACUGCUCCUGCGCCGACCUUUUCUCCAGGGUAAUAGUGAUAUUGAUCAACUGGGGAAAAUCUUCGCUGCUUUUGGGACUCCAAAGCCCUCUCAGUGGCCUGAUAUGCAAUACCUUCCUGACUAUGUGGAAUACCAAUAUGUUCCUGGACAGCCUCUUCGUCAAUUGUUUCCUAUGGCUGGUGAUGAUGCAUUAGAUCUCUUGUCAAAGAUGUUUGCAUAUGAUCCGAAAGGUAGAAUUUCUGCACAGCAGGCAUUGGAGCAUAGGUACUUCUCAUCUGGACCACCUCCUACAGAACCAGCAUUGCUCCCAAGACCUGCCCCAAAGAAGGAAUCCCUGAAUUCAAAGGUUUCAGAUUUCAAUCCACUUGAAGGUCCAACUGUGUUGUCCCCUCCAAGAAAAUCAAGAAGAGUGAUGCCACAUCGAGAGGGUUUUGAAGGCAGUGCAUACCAAGUUGAUAAUCCUGGCCUCAAUACAGAUGAAAACAGACCAGCAGCCAGUGAGAGAAAUGAGCAUGUGCCAAUGUCAUUGGAUUUUUCUGUCUUUGAAUCCAGACCACCUAUUAGACCAACAAUUAACAGUGCCGACAGGUCACACCUAAAGAGGAAAUUGGAUCUUGAAUUCCAACUCCCUGAAGAAGAGUAAUUUAACAUAUACACCUCUUGACGGGUUUUCUGUUCUUCCGAGGGAGCAGCUAUUGCUUUAUAAGGAGAAUGCAGACCUCAGUGGAAGUAGCUGAUCAACAUAAUAUCUUAUUGAAGGCAGUGCCUACAAAAUUGUAAAGAGAGAAAGUAACCCUCUUUUGUGAUCCAUGGUGAAGUGUACACUAGCACCUGCAUGCGCAAUUUUGAAGAUGUUGCCAAUAAUGAAUUUAUGGUUAAUGAGAGUGCAGUGAAUUGGGAUAAUAGAUUUCACACCUCUGGCAUUUUUUUUUUUUUACUUUGAGUUGAGACAGACCUGGUGUUCGGGCAAUGCUUGUUAUAAAGUAAAUUGAACAGCUUUUAUAACAACAAUAAGGAUUAUCCCCAUGAUUUGUUUGAUUC